AUGCUGAGUUACCGCCCGCUGAACGUGGACAAAAAUGAGAUCAGAGUCCUGGAGUUGGCCAAGCCCACGCCAUGCAUUUCGGGCGAGCAUAGCCUGUUUCAGUGCUCUCUGAAAUAUGUGUCGCUUGACGACUAUACCGAAGAGUACGCCAACUUCCUCGAACUCCGUCAGCAUGAUGAGUCGGCCGCUUGGCCACUUCCAGUAUGGGCUACAACACCUCCUUCCUGCGGCCACAGCCAUGAAGACUUAACACAGACUCCGCCAUCUCAACCUUUAGCAACAGGGUCUACUCGAACGCCAGUAGAUCAGCGGAUGUCCAGCUUGGGUUCUACCUACUGCAGAUAUAUGUGGGGAGACUUUGCUGCCCUUUCAUACGAAUGCGGUGGUUCAGCUCGGACUGGGGAAAUUCUUGUCGACAACCACAAAGUUGCCGUCACCAGAAAUCUGGAGGCCGCCUUACAACAUAUAAGCACCUGGUGGCUUCAGGAGACGAAUCACAUAAGUCUGUGGAUUGACGCUUUGUGCAUCAAUCAGCAGGACAUAGUGGAACGCAAUCAUCAAGUGAAGCGUAUGGCAAGCAUCUACUCUGGCGCCAUUAGCGUGCUGCUCUGGACAGGGCCCGCCAUACAAAACGAAACCGAAACUUGUAGGCUUCUGAGUCAGAUUUACCAGAUUGCGGCGACUGGAGAAUCCCUAAGUAACUGGAAUUCAGAAUUGACCAAGUACGACAAUAUCUUAGCCUCGUUAGGUAUCAGCGAGCUUAGUAACCGGUCCUACUGGAAGCGUCUCUGGGUCAUCCAGGAGUUUUACUUGGCCGGACGAAAUGCUCUGGUCUGUUUUGGAAUCAGAAGAGUCAAUAUACUCGCCUUCUUCGCCGCCGCCAAUUUGCUUGGAAGGGUCGCCUCCGUCUCCACGGAGGUGUUCAAAAAAGAUGCUGUAGUCUGGAUUGUCUUUUUUGCCAACCUUCAUUUGGGUAUUGAUAAUCUCGUACCUUUGAUGCGGAUCUUCCACAAAAGAUCAACGAAAAUGCCGCUUCCUGACCUAGCUACAUUACUAGUCGCUGCCGGAAGAGCCGAACAAACGGACAGCAGGGAUAAGAUAUACGGCCUGCUGGGCUUGGUCAACCCGGAGAUCCGCAGUCUUAUUCUACCCGACUAUGGCAAAGCUUGUUCUGAUGUCUAUCGGGAUUUCGUAACCGCCGUCAUUCAAACAACUGGGAAACUUGACAUCAUCUAUCAGCGUCCAAGGAAAUUACGGCAGGGCUCCCAACUACCAUCCUGGGUUCCAGACUGGUCCAUCAAGGCUGAUACAUGCAACCCGAUUGAUUUGCCCCGAGAGAUAGACUCGGACGAGCUCGUGCCCCAAGUAUUUGGAGACUUCAGAUCAGCGCUUGACACCACCCACGUCUUUCGUAUCGGUAAAGACCCAAACGAGCUUCUGUGCAGGGGUUUCCGUGCGUGA